CACUACAGAUAGGAGCGUCCUUGCUCCUCCAGGCAGCCCCUCCAUAGGGGCAGUCCUGUGCUGCUGUGACUCGGCGCCCGCCCAAGGUGAGUCUGGGGACCGCCCGGACCCGCCCUUCCGUCGGCGGCAGCGCCACCUGGCGGCGGUGGUGCCGUGGUGCGCAAGGCGCUGGGCCUGGGCUGGGCGCUGAGUCUGCUGGAGCUGCCGGCGUCUGCAGAGCCUUGCACCCUCCCCUCGAGGGCUGGCGGGAGGAGUCCCAGGCGGGAAUGUGAUCCCGAGGGGGCCGGGGAGGGCCCUGAGGAGGAGCCUGGCCUGGGGAGGCCGGACUUCCGUGACACAACAGACACAAAAGACAAAGUCCAUUUGGAUGAAAGUGGGAGCGGGGCGAGACAUGUCAUUUUCACUCUGUGGUCAAAGGAAAUGACUGGUCUGACUCGGUCUGGGAGCGGGGCACCCAGGGUCUAAGGAUAACUCUGGGGCCAUGACGGCCAUGAUUCUCACAGAGGACUCCAAGACUUCUGUGCUGCGAGUAAGCGGACUUGUUCUGAGACCUUUGCCUUAGAGGAUGGCCAAGGGGCUCCUGGUGACCUAUGCCCUCUGGGCUGUGGGGGGCCCUGCUGGGCUUCACCACCUGUACCUGGGAAGGGACAGCCACGCCCUGCUCUGGAUGCUGACCCUGGGGGGAGGUGGGCUGGGCUGGCUCUGGGAGUUCUGGAAGCUCCCAAGCUUUGUAGCUCAGGCCAACAGAGCCCAGGGGCAGAGGCAGAGCCCCAGAGGGGUGACACCCCCUCUGAGUCCCAUUCGCUUUGCUGCCCAGGUGAUCGUUGGCAUCUAUUUUGGCCUUGUGGCACUGAUUAGCCUUUCGUCCAUGGUCAACUUCUAUAUUGUGGCCCUCCCACUGGCAGUUGGCUUAGGGGUCUUGCUGGUGGCUGCUGUUGGCAAUCAGACCUCAGACUUUAAGAACACUCUGGGGGCAGCAUUUCUCACUUCACCUAUAUUCUAUGGCCGCCCCAUAGCCAUACUGCCCAUUAGUGUGGCCGCCAGCAUUACAGCUCAGAAACAUCGCCGCUACAAAGCUUUGGUGGUGUCAGAGCCGCUCAGUGUGCGGCUCUACCGGCUGGGCUUGGCUUACCUUGCUUUCACAGGCCCACUGGCAUACAGUGCCCUCUGCAACACAGCUGCCACCCUCAGCUAUGUGGCAGAAACCCUUGGCUCCUUCUUGAAUUGGUUCAGCUUCUUCCCUCUUCUUGGCCGCCUCAUGGAGUUUGUCCUCCUUCUGCCUUACCGGAUCUGGAGGCUAUUGAUGGGAGAUACUGGCUUCAACAGCAGCUACUUCCAGGAGUGGGAGAAGCUCUAUGAAUUUGUUCACAGUUUUCAGGAUGAGAAGCGUCAGCUGGCUUACCAGGUUUUGGGCCUCUCAGAAGGGGCAACAAAUGAAGAAAUACAUCGGAGUUACCGGGAACUAGUGAAGAUCUGGCACCCAGACCACAACCUGGACCAGACAGAGGAGGCACAGAGGCACUUCCUGGAGAUCCAGGCUGCGUAUGAAGUCCUGAGUCAACCCAGGAAGCCCAGGGGAUCCCGGAGGUGAAAAGAAACUUCCCCCUGAGGAUUGACUCUUCCUAUCAGAGCUAGGCAACUUGUCCCAAAUCUAGCUUUGCCCAGGAAUGGCAUCCCAACAAGGUUAAAGAAACUGCUUGCAGGGGCCGGGCGUGGUGGCUCACGCCUGUAAUCCCAGCACUUUGGGAGGCCGAGGCAGGCAGAUCCUGAGGUCAGGAGUUCGAGACCAGCAGCCUGGCCAACAUAAUGAAAUCUCGUCUCUACUAAAAAUACAAAAAAUUAGCCAGGCGUGGUGGCAGGCGCCUCUAGUCCCAGCUACUUGGGAGGCUGAGGCAGGAGAAUCGCCUGAACCUGAGAGGCAGAGGUUGUGGUGAGCCAAGAUCACACCACUGCACUCCAGCCUGGGCAACAAGAGUGAAACUCUGUCUCAAAAAAAAAAAAAAAA